AUGGGUUCAAGCACGGCCGCUCUGAGAAGACUCGAGAAUUCUGUCCUUCCGUUUCUGCUGCUGCUGCUGGCGUUCGGCAUGAUGGAGUGUGCGCCAGCAGAGGCAGCACGGGUGUUGAAGGCGAAUCUGGUCAUCCCGAACGGACCAACAUCCACACACAAUGCGCUUCAAUCUCCAGCAUCUGACCAGUUUUCUCCUGUCCCAGCAGCUGAGCAUCCGCCUCCUGUCCAAACAGCCGUGGGAUCUGAGCCGUCAGAUGGCUCCGCUGCUGUGACAUCUGAGCCGUCCAUCGACCCCCUGGUCGUUGUGUCUGCUGUGAAUGGAGGUGAUGAGGAGGCAGGCAAUGAGCCGGAUGGAGCUGAUUCCAGCGCUGCUGCUGCCGCUCCAGUUCCAACCUCCUGGUUGAGGCCAGCACAGAUGCCCAACCACGCUCAGAUGCCCAACCACGCUCAGAUGCCCAACCACGCUCAGAUGCCCAACGAUCCUCAGCCUAACGAUCAUGGUCCCUUCCUCCUGGAGACCGAUCCCAUGCCAGCUGUGGGAUCAGAGGAGGAGGCUCCAGCGGGGAAUGAGGAUGGGCUUGUGCCGGAGAUCUACGUCGCUCUGCCAGAAGAAGCAGCGCCUGUGGAGGCUCCAGCAGGGUCGCAGGGUGUUGCACCCACGCCUGAUGCUGCUGACUCCAGUGGUUCUGGUCCUGUUCCAAGUGCCUGGUUGAGGCAGGCAAAGAUUAAAGGUGACCAUCAGGUGCCGAAUGACCAUGGUCCCUACCUUCUGGGGACUGAUGCUGCCAUUUCAGCUGUGGGUUCAGAGGAGGCUCCAGCAGGCAAUGAGAAGGAACUGGUGCCAGCCGUUCUUGUCCCUCACCCGGAGGAAGCAGCACCUGGGGAGGCUCCAGCAGGCAAUGAGGAUGUGCUUGUGCCGGAGAUUUACGUUGCUCUGCCAGAAGAUUCAGCUCCUGGGGAGGCGCCAGCAGGCAAUGAGGAUGGGCUUGUGCCGGAAAUCUGCGUCGCUCUGCCAGAAGAAGCAGCACCUGGGGAGGCUGCAGUAGCAGGAUCCCAGGGUGAUGCACCCAUGCCUGAUGGUGCUGAAUCCAGUGCCCUUGUUCCUAUUCCAAAUGACCAUGGUCCCUACCUUCUGGGAGUUGAUUCCACUGUGGGUUCGGAGGAGGAGGCUUCAGUAGGAGAGGAGCAGGCACCGGUGAAACUGCCAGACCGUCUCAGAAGCUUCCAAAUGCAGUCCACGUCAGCACCCGGCGGACCACAUUCCGCCAAUCGGGCCACCGGGGGAGCAGCCGCUCCGCCGCCCGCGCAUGGGCCCCCCAUGAGCGCAGGCGGCGGAGAUCAUCCGCACGGCGCCGGCGGGGGGAUGUCCGCGGGCGGCGCAGCGGAAGCGGGGGGACUCGUGCAGGCGGGCUUGGCGCAGGCGGGAGCGGGAUCGACGGCGGGAGUCGCGGAGCUCUCUAAAGCCGCGGCGCGACGGGUGGUGGACCUGCGGUCCGACACAGUGACCAAACCCACCGGCGCGAUGCGGGAAGCGAUGAAGAACGCUGACGUGGACGAUGACGUCAUCGGGAUAGAUCCGACGGUGGACAGGCUUCAGAGGCAGGUGGCGACGAUGAUGGGGAAGGAGGCGGGGCUGUUCGUGCCAUCUGGCACCAUGGGGAACCUGAUCUGCGUGCUCGUGCACUGCGAGGUUCGAGGCAGUGAGGUGAUUCUAGGGGCGGAUUCGCACAUCAGUGUGUACGAGCAAGGUGGUGUGGCGACGCUGGGCAGCGUGCAUCCGCGCACGGUGGUGAACAAGGCAGACGGCACCAUGGACCUCAAGAAGGUGGAGCUGGCUAUCAGGAAAGACGAUGAGCAUUACCCGGUUACCAGAUGCAUCUGCCUCGAGAACACCCACAACAGGUGCGGUGGGCGGGCCAUAACAGUGGACUAUACAGAGCGACUGGCAGAGUUGGCGUCGUGGUACGGGCUCAAGUUUCACAUUGACGGAGCAAGAAUAUUCAACGCCGCUGUUGUGUGCCUAUCGAAAGGACUCGGAGCACCGGCAGGCAGUGUGAUUGUGGGCUCUGUGGAGUUCAUCGCCAAGGCUCGUCGCUUACGGAAAGCACUGGGCGGCAGCAUGCGGCAGGUGGGCGUGCUGGCAGCGGCGGGGCUGGUGGCACUUCAGGAGUCGGUGCCUCGGCUCAUCAGGGACCACCAACGCGCCAUGCAGCUCGCAGAGGGGUUGGAUACAUUGGAUGGGCUGGCUGUGGAUGUGAGCACGGUGGACAGCAACAUUGUGACAAUGGAUGUGAAGGCCGAUUGCCCUAUAGGAGCUGAGGAGCUCUGCAAUGCUCUGCGGCAGGCUGGCGUUCUCACCACGCUGCGCAGCAACAACAAGUGA